CUGGCACUUUCUUGUAAGAAAGUUUGUAUGUUCUUCCCAUGUGCAUGUGGGUUUCCUCCGGGUGCUCUGGUUUCCUCCCACAGUCCAACGACGUACCGGUUAGUAGGCUAAUUGGUCCUGUUUUUAAGCUAGGGUUAAAUCAGGGUGACGAGGCUCAGUGGGCUGGAAGGGCCAGUUCCAUGCUGUAUCUCUAAAUAAAAUAAAUUAAAAACCACAGUACACAUUGUCCCUCCUUCCUUUGGCACUACCCCUCCCCAUAAAGAAAUAGUUGUGGUCCCUCGAUAGUUAUGGUGAAAACUUUUGUUCAAACAAGAGUUACUGCCUACGGUGUGCACACAAUCAUAGAACGACGUUGUUCAGCCAAACAUACUUGUGCAUGCUUUUAAUCUAUUAGUUUGUCCCAUUCAGAAAUCUGACCCAUAGCCAAAGAAAUCCUUUCCCAAACUAUACUGGUUAGAUCACCUUUUGAAAGUUGCUAUCACAUUGUAUCAAUAAAUAAGUUAUUAUCAUCAUUGACCCUUCAUCCUUGAAGGCACUACAAACUAUCCUUAACUUCAUCUUUCUAUUUAAGACCUUAAGAUUUAGUAGAAAAAGGCCAUUUGGCCCAUCAAGUCUGCUUUGCCACUUCUCCAUGACCGUUUCAUUUUCCCUCUCAGCCCCAUUCUCCUACCUUCUCCACGUAUCCCUUCACCACUGACUAAUCAAUAACCCAUCAACCUCUGCCUUAAAUAUAACCAAUGACUUGCCCUGUGGCAGCCAGUUCCACAGAUUCGUGACUCUCUUUGUUCCUGUUUUAAUGGAUGCCCCUCUAUUUUGAGGCUGCAUCCUCUGGUCUUAAGACUCCCUCACCAUAUGAAACAUCCUCUCCACAUCCACUAUAUCGAGGCCUUUCAACAUUUAAUAGGUUUUAAUGAGCUCUCCCCUCAUUCUUCUGAAUACCGGUGAGACAAAAAAGUUCCUCCUUAAUGACUAUUAGAAUACAAAGUUAUUUCAAACAAUCUCUUAACUUUCUUUUCUAAAUCUUUCUCACUGGUAUGUUGCCUGGAUUGGAAAGCAUGUGCUGAAUUUUAUUUGCAUUUAUAAACAGAAAUGCUAGAAAUAUUCAGCAGGUACGGUAGCAGUCGUUAUCAUACAACGGGAUAUUAAGCCAAGGGAGCCACCUGUCUCAAAAAAGUGUAAAAGAAAGUCCCACUGCACCCAGUAAAGAGCAUCGGGGGAGUUCCCACCCCUAUUUACCCACAAUUUAAUAUUUAGCUAUGUUUGGGAGUUAAUAUUUUGAGGGGGGGGUGGGAAGUACUCCGCAAGGUAACUUGGUCAAGCAGGCAACUGGAGCGUUGGUUUCUCUGCUGGCUGCGGAAGGUUGGGGGUUGCAGCAGCAACUUUCCGCCAAGUUGCCCGGGGCAGCCCUGGAGUGACGUCACAAACGAGGGGGGGUCGCGCGCUGCUGAGACCAGCAGUCGGGUAGCGAGAGCGGCGGCGGGCCGCUGGUGGCAUGCGCAGUCUGCGGCAACGCAAAGUUCCACUUUCCUCCCGCUUUCGUGCCUCUGUCCCCUGCGCCUCGCUUCCCGUUAGAGAUCUAAUACGUCGAUAUUCCUAGAGUAAUAUCGAUGGUGAUGAGGCUUCAGCACAUCUGCCAGUAUCAGUACUCGUUAAUUUCUGUGGCAUCUACUCAGCACGUGGAGAAUCCUGUGUGUGAUAGGUGCAAUUCCUUUUGACUGACUGAGGAGUGAUCUAGGAAUGGAGGAAGACCAGCAAGAGGCAGAAGCAAGCCCAACACCACCAGCAGUAUUCGAUGAUGAUCCGCACAAUAUGUCGGAUAUUCCUCAAAACUUGUCAGAUGAAGAUGCUUUUAAACUUUUGUGGGAAAUGAAGAUGCGAAAAAGGCAAGGGAAACCAAAUCUGCCAGACACUGUCACUGAACUUAGCACUGAAGAUGGUUGUAAGGUGUACCUGGUUGGCACAGCCCACUUUAGCGAUAGUAGCAGAAGAGAUGUUGUAAAGACUAUUCAAGAAGUGCAGCCAGAUGUAGUGGUUGUAGAACUGUGUCAGUAUAGAGUCUCCAUGCUCAAAAUGGAUGAAAAGACAUUGCUUAAGGAAGCCAGUGAAAUCAAUCUGGACAAAUUACAACAGGCUAUUAAACAGAAUGGAGUAAUGUCUGGACUGAUGCAGAUGCUGCUAUGGAAGGUCUCUGCUCACAUCACUGAACAGUUGGGCAUGGCUCCAGGAGGGGAGUUCAGGGAAGCCUUCAAGGAGGCUGGGAAAGUGCCUUUCUGUAAGUUUCACCUUGGGGAUCGGCCCAUCCCCAUCACCUUUAAAAGGGCCAUUGCUGCACUUUCUCUCUGGCAAAAGGUCAAGUUAGCCUGGGGCCUCUGCUUCCUGUCUGAUCCUAUCAGUAAAGAUGACGUAGAAAAGUGCAAACAAAAAGAUCUUCUGGAGCAGAUGAUGUCUGAAAUGAUUGGAGAGUUUCCUGAUCUUCACCGCACCAUUGUUGCCGAACGUGAUGUUUACCUAGCCUAUAUGUUAAAGCAAGCCGCAAAGCCGUUAGAACUACCUCUGGCUUUGGGACCUGAGCCCAGCCAGCGAAUGCCAUCCGUUGUGGUAGGAGUCGUUGGAAUGGGUCAUGUGCCAGGAAUUGAGAAGAACUGGAAUAAUCUAUUAAAUAUUCAAGAAAUAAUAAGUGUUCCUCCACCUUCGUUAGCUUUGAAAGUAUUGAAGUUUUCUCUUAAAACAACAGUUUUUGGACUCGUGGGUUAUGGCUGCUACCGUUUGGGAAAAGGGACCAUUCAGUUGAUACUGUCAAGACCAUUUGUACAGAGUUACCUCCAUAAAUAUUCAAAUCAACUCUUCUAACUGAAAGGAAGACAUUGUUUGAGAAAUGCUGAAGGAAGAUUUGGAUUUUCCAGUGUUUGAUUUACAUUUUGAAUUCAGUAACAGAUGUGAUUCAGAACAUGGAUGUCUUCAGUUUGACAGGCCAUGCCUGCUGGGAAUGACAAGAAAUAAUUACCAGAAAUUAAACUGAUUCCAUGUUAUGCAAAAAAGCAUGAGUUGUAACUCGCAAGAAAUGGGCUCUAUGAACUUAAUUCACAAGUUACUGUAUUUUAAGCCUGUCAGUUUGAGAGUAGGUGUGGCAGAACUUAAAUUCACAAAGUCAUAUUUUGAAAUAUUGUAGUAGCAUUAUUUCCAUUGAAUGCACAUCAAGAAGCCUAUGGUUGCUUUAGAAUCAUGUUCAAAUGCCACUGGGGCAAUCUUGGGAUUAUCUCAUCUGCUCAUUAACAACUGAAACUACACAGAACUGUCCUGGUAACUUUAAGAUUUUGAUGUAUUAUCCAAAAGGUAGCAACUGUUUACAAUUUUAAGAUACAACCGGUAGCUUUUAGUUACAUUUAUUAACUCUUACUUUGAAGGCUAAUGGAUUCUAAUAAAAUAAGUAUUUACAAUUAUUUAUGAUUCACUCUUUCACAAGCUACAUGCAUUUCCAGGUUUUUGCCUCCCCUCCUGAAGUUUGCCAUUUUACAGCGUGUUUCAAAUCUGAUGGACAGAUCUCCUCCCCACUUUCCACCCACCCCUGCCUCCCUCUUUCCAGAGUAAAAUAUUUGGAAGACCUUUUACUUGUAGGAGUGCUGAAGGAAGAUGUGCAUUUUUCCGGUGUUCAGUUUACACCCGGAAUUCAGUAAUAGAUGAGAUUCAGAACAUGGGUGAAUUCUCAUUGAUAGGCCAUACUAGCUGGGAGUGAAAAUCUCCAUUUCUGGAAAUAAUGAGGAGUUGCUGUAUAAUUGCUAGGGCCCCUUCCCUUAUUUUGGUUAUUUUACAUUACAAUAAUUAGUAUUGAUUUAAGUACGAGCAGGCUAUGUUCCAAUGAGGAUCUUCACUGUCAAGUUUAAUGCUUUUUUUUUCAGUUCCAUACACAGGUAUCCAGUUGUAUAGUAGAUUCAUCACCUGUUUCUAUCCAGCAAGCACUUCAUCAAUUUUCUGCGUUGUUUAAAAAGUAUGAACAACACUUAAUGCCAUAAAAUAACAAUCUGCUUUUAAUACUCCACCCUUCUUGUCUUAGUCCAGGGGUUCCCAGCCUGGGAUCCACCAACCCCUUGCUUAAUAAUAGUAUUGGUGAGUAGCAUAAACAAGGUCAGGAACCCCUGCCUGAGUCAAAUGAUUUUAGCAUUCCUAAUAGCCCAUUAAAUGCCAAAUCUGGCCAGGCAGUAAUCUAUUUGAAAGCUACUUCCUCUAUCAGAGUUGGGAAUAUAAUAAAUUCUUGAGUGUUUUAUGAAUUGUAUUGUGCUACGCUCGUUUUUAUUUAUGGAUGGUUGAUAAUUAAAAACACAGUUUGCCAGUGUUUUAGUUUGCAAGGUUUGCUCUCGUUGAUUACACUAUUCUGAAUUUGUAUUUCCGUUAUAUGUUUUCAAAUCAUUCGAGGAAUCUAGUACGACUUCCUUAAGCAGUAGUGAUCAUGUUCACUUACUGUGAAUCUGCAUAUCUUGCUGACUGCUAGACUGCUUCAUAUUUGUAGGUCUCGUACAGGGGUUCCCAACCUGGUUAAUGCCAUGGAGCCUUGCCAUUAAUCCAAGGGGUCUUAUGGAACCCAUGUUGGGAGCUGUUGGUCUAGUAUCACCUUCAAUACCAAAACGUUGCUCUGUGAAAUUCUGUAUUCUGUCUAAUGCAAGUUGUGUAGGGAAAAAUGAAUAAAAUGUAAUAAUUUAUAAUUUAAUUAUCAAGAUUACACUUUUUCAUCUAAACAAUGAAUUGUGUGUGGGUAAAUACAUGGGUAUAACAUUAAAAACGAGACUCUGCAGCACACAAAAUGCUGGAGGAACUCAAAGUCAGGCAGUAUCUAUGGAGGGGAAUAUAGGAUCUUGACCCAAAACAUUGACUCUCCGUAGAUUACUGAGUUCCUCUGGCAUUUUGUGUGUGUGAUACAUAUAACCAUGCAGUUUUCUUGACGAGUAAAGGGCUCAAUUCAUUUUUAUUUAGCCUUUUGAAUGUUUGCAGAAAUGUAAAGUGCACCUUGAUGCCUUUUGGGGAGAUAGGUACAUUGGUUUGUCAUACAAAUCACACCCAUCUUAUUUCUGGUACAACUAGUUUAACAAUUUUAUUUUGACUAAAAUUGUCAGGGAAAUGGUAAAGUGAAAAUAACGUCAUGGAAAUACAUGCCUGCAUCAGGAAUCUGAAUGCAUUGCAAGUGUUGUCUCUUAGGUUAAUAAUAAUUGUGCCAUAUAUAUCUUGAUUUGGAUAAGCUGUAAUUUUAACCAAAUUAGUAAACAGUUUUGUUAGAUUUAAAGCAGAAUGUAUCAGCAGGUCUAACUUAUAAAAUCAUAUGGAUCACAAAAACAUUUGAGAUGCUAUUCAAGGCUCUGUAUGUUUAAAUAUCUUUUGGGAAAUGUUUCAUUCUGAUGGAAUGAAUAACAUUUCCACUAAGCUUUAAUAAACUUCAGAAAAUGAAAUGUUGCAUGUUAUACGGUACUAUUUAAUUUUGAGGAAAGUAGAAUUAAACAUGAAAAACAUGUAACAACACCUGUUCAUGCUCACAGUUUUAAUUCUAGUUUUCCCAGACUAAAUACUCAAAAUAACUGGAUAUGCACAAGUUGUGAUUUUUCAGUCAGUAUUUUCCCCCACAGCCAACACUGGUCUUUUUGUGAUUCAUUAAAUUAUUUCAAAACUGAAUUCAUUUAAACUGAAAUUAAGCGUUCAGCUGUGCCUAUGCAUAAUCACAUCUGUCUGCUUUGUGUGUAACUAUAAAGAAUCUUUAUUUCUAAUUUGGUAACUCCUGUUAUUUUGAAACUUGCUGUUACCCUUGCUGAAUAUUGUGAUGUGCAGCAAUUUGAAUUAAUUUCUGAAAACUUUAAUAACUCUGCUUUAUUAAAUAAAACUGAUACUGAACAUUCUUUUUCUUUACACACAGCUCACAUUGUAAGCAAAAUGUAAGACUUCAAAAGUGCAUCUGUUAAUGUCAAAAUAGUCUCCAUUAGAAGUAAAUAUGCAUUUUGUUGUCAUACAAUUCUCAAGGGUAAAGUGGGCCUGUUAGUCUCGACUGACAAGAAUCAAUGAAAAGAGUGGUUUGAUUUGUAUAUUUGAGUUAAUUAAAUUCAACAUGUAUCGAGGGACAAUGAGAACCAAAGAUAGUAGGUAAUAGAGUUGAUCUGGCCAGUGGAUUUAGCAGUCUUUCGGUCUGUGCUUUUUCAAAUCAUAAGUAUUUAAUGCUACCUGUAAAUCAUGGGAAAUGUGAGAUGCAGUAAAAUUUAAAUUCCAGCUUGUCAUUCUCAUUCCUGGGAUUGUUUUGCAGAAACACUUAAUUUAAGAUAACAUUCCCUGAAAAGUGUUACUUCUAAUGUUAUAACAAGCCUUGAUUUUUAUUUGGUUAUCUAUUGUGUGAUGCUGCCUUGCUGGGCUUCAUUUCUGCUCUCAGGUACUGGACUUUUGUUUAAAUGGAAUCACUUGGGACACUUGAGUUGUACAGAGUCAGGGUUUCUGGUCAUUCUGAUAUGGGUUAUGUGGUUUUUGUACCAUUGUAAUAUGUACUUAAAAUAUAUAUAUUCAAUUUCUGUAGGAUUGUGCCUUUUAACUGCUGAGCAUUCUGAGGUAUUACAGAUCAUUAAUGGUAAUGUUCUUGUAAAAAUAAAAUUUUGCAGAGA